UCUUCUUUUUUUUUGGAUAUAUUCAAAAUCAUAUAGUUCAAAACUAUGGCUUCUUUCCAUGCAGAAGCUUCUGAGUCUGGCAGUGUUGAUUAUACUCAACGAGCUCAGUGGCUCCGAGCAGCAAUUCUCGGGGCCAACGAUGGGCUCGUCUCCGUUGCGUCGCUGAUGAUGGGCGUCGGAGCUGUGAAGCCCGACGCCAAAGCCAUGCUUAUUGCUGGAUUUGCGGGGCUGGUCGCUGGAGCUUGUAGUAUGGCCAUCGGAGAGUUUGUCUCGGUUUACACCCAAUACGACAUAGAGAAAGCUCAGAUGAAGAGAGAUGGGAAGGAAAAGAAUAAUAGCAUGCAACCAAACCACCAGGCCGAGGAGGAAGAGAAGCUGCCAAAUCCGCUACAGGCAGCGCUUGCAUCGGCGAUAGCAUUUUCGGUCGGUGCAGUCAUUCCGUUGCUGGCAGCGGUCUUUAUCCGAGACCAUAAGGUGAGGCUGGGCGUGGUCGCAGCGGUGGCGAGCUUGACGCUGGUGGUUUUCGGGGUAGUCGGAGCCAUCUUGGGGAGAACUCCGGUGAUGAAAUCGGCGGCAAGAGUGCUUGUUGGAGGGUGGAUGGCUAUGGCCAUUACUUUUGGCCUUACAAAGCUGCUUGGGUCUAAGGGACUGUGAAAGCUUUAUUAGUCUUUAGAAAUAAAUUGUGUUGUGUUUAUGUUUUUAUUUUCAAUAUGCAUGAGCUUAAAACUUUGAAGCAGCUCCCUUUAAUCAGUCUAACAAAUAAAUUAUGUUGGCCAGGUGAAAAUGUGUGGCUUUUUUUC